CGAAACUGACCGUCUGACCCGAAUAUUAUCAAUAUUUAUUUUUAAAUUAUUUGUUUUAGAAAAGAAUAAAAAUUCUCUUAUUUUUCAAAUAUCCUAUACCUCUUAUUUUUUUUAGUUUUUCGCACAUUUUUGGAUUUUUUUUCAAGUCCUGUACGAGUGCCGACUCCCUCCCGGAUUCGAUCUCCAUCGACCUUGGUUUCUAAUCUCCGACCGUCUGAAGUCUGAAACUUCUGUCUACUUUGCUCGUCGUCGCCGGCCAUCUCCCUUGAUUCCGGUAUCUCUUCUUAACUCGCCAUCGCUCAUUGCCAAUAAAUUUCUUAGGUUGUGUAUUGUGAGCUCAAUAUCAAGGCAUUUGAAAAACUUAAAACUUCAUUAAGCAAUAAUGGCACACAGGUUGCUUCGAGAUGUAGAGGCUGACGGUUGGGAACGAUCGGACUUCCCUAUAAUCUGCGAGUCAUGUCUCGGUGACAAUCCUUACGUUCGGAUGACAAAAGCAAAUUAUGACAAGGAGUGCAAGAUCUGUACACGACCAUUCACAGUUUUCAGAUGGAGACCAGGCAGGGAUGCAAGAUUCAAGAAAACAGAGAUUUGCCAGACGUGCAGUAAAGUGAAAAAUGUUUGUCAAGUUUGCCUUUUGGAUUUGGAAUAUGGUUUACCAGUCCAAGUUCGAGAUACUGCUCUUUCUAUUAAUUCAAAUGAGGCCAUUCCGAAGAGUGAUGUAAAUAGAGAGUUUUUUGCUGAAGAGCAUGAUCGCAAGGCUAGAGCUGGUUUAGAUUAUGAAUCUUCAUAUGGAAAGGUGCGGCCAAAUGACACCAUUUUGAAGCUUCAAAGAACAACACCUUAUUACAAGAGGAAUCGAGCCCAUGUCUGCAGUUUCUACAUUCGUGGUGAAUGCACAAGGGGUGCUGAGUGUCCUUACAGGCACGAGAUGCCGAUAACUGGGGAGCUGUCGCAGCAAAAUAUAAAAGAUCGAUACUACGGAGUCAAUGAUCCUGUAGCACACAAGCUUCUCAACAAGGCUGGAGAGAUGCCGUCUUUGGAACCGCCAGAGGAUGAGAGCAUCAGAACGCUUUAUGUGGGUGGGCUUGAUGCAAGAGUUACUGAGCAGGAUUUAAGAGAUAACUUUUAUGCUCAUGGGGAGAUUGAAUCCGUUCGGAUGGUACUACAGCGAGCAUGUGCCUUUGUGACCUACACAACUAGAGAAGGUGCAGAGAAAGCUGCAGAAGAGCUCUCUAACAAACUGGUAAUUAAGGGUUUGAGAUUGAAGCUUAUGUGGGGUAGACCACAAGCACCCAAACCUGAUAGUGAUGCCUCUGACGAAGCAAGACAGCAGGCUGCAGUAGCUCACAGUGGGUUAUUACCUCGAGCUGUCAUAUCUCAACAGCAAUUUCAAUCUCCAGACCAAUCUGCACCAAUAUACUACAACAUCCCUCCCCCUUCUCAGCCAGAGAGAAACUUUUAUCCAUCAAUGGAUCCUCAGAGAAUGGGUGCCAUUGUUUCCUCUCAAGAGGGUGCUCCUAGUGGAUCCUCAGGGUCAGGUGAAAACAAAUCACAAGACAAGCAGCAACAGGGGCAGCAUUUUGCUUACCAUCCUAGGCCUCCACAACAUGGCCAAUAUCAUCAACAAUAUUACCCACCACAUGGGUUUAUGCAUCCACCACCACCACCACCACCACCACCGGGUCCACCACCACCUUAUCAGCAGUACCCUGCACCUCAUCAUUCUGCAAUGCCACCUCGACAACCCCCUCCGGUAAACCAGCAGUAUCAGCAUUCUGCUCCAGCAGGAUCUGUAGCGUCGGGUUCCAACCCUCCAGGGUCAACAGGAUCUGCUGCCCCUACAUCAUCAUCGUCAUAGCAAUAAAACUUACCUGUGCUGCUUCUGGAUUGUGGCUGUAUAGUGCACCGUUUUUGCUUAGUUGACUCUUAACUGGCCUUGUCUUCUGGAUUGUGAAGAUCUAUGUUUUCAGCGGCUUAGCUUACAUCCACAAAUCUUAAUGAUUAUGGUGCUUAGCUGGUUAUAUCAAUUACAACAAUUUCAGUUCU